AUGACUAGCAGAGCUCUGAAUCUGGUACAGAAAUGUCUCACUGGAGUGGGACUAACGAAACGUGAUAUAAACGAAGUUAUUCUUGUGGGAGGUAUGACAAGAAUGCCGAAGAUUCGCGACGAACUCAGGAAUUUUUUUGAUAAAAAUUUAAAAACCGGCAUGAAUCCGGACGAAGCCGUCGCACUGGGUGCUGCGAUACAAGCUUCAGCCUUGCAGUACAAAUUUAAAGAGUUACAAAGAUAUGUGGUUAGUGAAGUAACACCUUUAUCUUUAGGCAUUUGUGGUUCAUGUGCUUUGAUGGGCACGGUAAUCAAGAAAAAUACCGCACUACCAGCAAAAGGAUCUAUUAUAUUAGGGACCUCGGUAAAUGAUCAAAAUAAAUGUAAAUUUAAAAUUUUUGAAGGAGAAAGAAAAAAUUGUGCCUUCAAUAAUCUUUUGGGCGAAUUCACCAUAAAUAAUUUGCCCAAAGGAAAAGCUGGAGACGUAAAAUUUGAAGCAAAUUUCCUUCUAAAUCACGAUGGAAUUCUGGAAGUAGAAGCACAUGAAACAAUGACUAAUCAGACGAGUAAAUUGAUUGUUACUUUGGAAAACUAUCGCUUUUGUCAAGAUAAAAUAUCCAACAUUAUUGACGAUGCUGAAACAAACUGCCUAGAUGAUCUGUUAUUCGAAAUAGAUAGGGCAGCACCAUUUGUAGUUUCCGUCGAUUCGGUUGCUGUUCAAAGUUUUCACUUUGCGCGGAGUUUAGGUGUUUUUUAA